AUGGCACCCAAGGCAGAGAAGAAACCAGCGGCGAAGAAGCCGGCAGCAGAAGAGAAAAAGUCCGCCGCCGUCGUCACCGAGAAAUCUCCAAAGGCCGCCGGUAAGAAGCUUCCAAAGGAUCUUGGCUCUGUUUCUACAGGAGACAAGAAGAAGAAGAGGAUCAAGAAGAGCAUUGAAACUUACAAGAUCUACAUCUUCAAGGUCUUGAAGCAGGUUCAUCCGGAUGUCGGGAUCUCGAGCAAGGCGAUGGGAAUCAUGAACAGUUUCAUCAAUGAUAUCUUCGAGAAACUCGCUCAGGAAAGUUCUAAACUCGCUCGUUACAAUAAGAAACCUACGAUUACUUCUCGCGAGAUUCAAACUGCUGUUAGGCUUGUUCUUCCUGGUGAAUUGGCUAAGCAUGCUGUUUCUGAAGGUACUAAGGCUGUUACCAAGUUUACUAGCUCUUAGAUUGUUCCUAAUCUAGGGUUAGGGUUAGGGUUUUUGCGCUGAUAAUGGUUUUUUGUCUUUAAUUGAAUGUAUAUCUAGGGCUUUAUUGUCUUUAAACUCAGAUUGAAUUUGCUCAUUUUGAUGAAGAUUUCGUCAUUGUUCUA